CGGCGCUCCGCCGCACCCUCCUCGUUCGCUUCCCGUCGGGGUCGUGGGGCCGGGGGGCAGGGCGCUAGCGGUUGAGUGUGAGAUGCCAAGGAGACAUCUGCCCUGAGACGUCCAGGAGGCAUUUGAGAGGGUAGCCCGGUGCCUUCAUAAUGUUUGGGGACCUGUUUGAAGAGGACUUUCCCUACAUCCCAGAGAAUCACCUCGAGAAAGGAAGGAAAUCCAAGUGCACGGAGCCUGAGCCGCCACCCCCCCGGGGCAUCACCAACCUGAGUGGCAUCCAGAACCAGGGCGGGACUUGCUACCUCAACUCGCUGCUGCAGACUCUCCAUUUCACCCCAGAAUUCCGAGAAGCUUUGUUUGCUCUGGACCCAGAAGAGCUCGGAUCCUUAGAGGACAAGGAUGACCCCGAUGCGAAGGUGCGGGUCAUCCCUUUGCAGUUACAACGGUUGUUUGCCCAGCUCCUUCUCUCAGACCAGCAGGCGGUGUCCACCACUGACCUCACCAACAGCUUUGGCUGGAACAACAGCGAGGAGAUGAGGCAGCAUGAUGUCCAGGAACUGAACCGAAUUCUCUUCAGUGCGCUGGAGAGCUCCCUGGUGGGCACCUCUGGCCACGACCUCAUUAACCGCCUCUACCACGGCACCAUCGUGAACCACAUCAUGUGCAAGGAGUGUGAGAACGUCAGUGAGCGGCAGGAGGACUUCUUGGACUUGACGGUUGCCGUCAAAAACCUGUCUGGCCUCGAGGAAGCUCUUUGGAGCGCAUACGUGGACGAGGAAUUCUUCGAUGCAGAGAACCUGUAUCACUGUGGAACGUGCAACAGGCUCGUCAGUGCCACCAAGUCAGCCCGGCUGCGGAAGCUGCCUCCUUUUCUGACAAUUUCGUUGCUGAGAUUUAAUUUUGAUUUUGCCAAGUGUGAGCGCUACAAGGAGACGGGCUGCUACACGUUCCCUCUGCGGAUGGACCUGAAGCCCUUCUGUGAGCAGACUGAGUUGGAUGACUCAGAGUAUGUGUAUGACCUCUUCUCUGUUAUUAUACACAAAGGCGGCUGCUAUGGAGGACAUUACCACGUGUAUAUUAAAGAUGUUGACCAGUUGGGAAACUGGCAGUUUGAGGAAGACGAGUCUGAGUCAGUUGCAAAGGCCGAGAGUUUGAAGGACCUUCCGCGUGUACAAGAAACCGACAAUCCAUUGACGGUCCUCAAAAAUAUCUUGUCACAGGAGGAAAAUAAGCUGAUUCCUGUGGACCAGCUGGGUCAGAAGCUCUUGGCCAGCAUAGAAAUAUCCUGGAACAAGAAGUAUCGGAAGCAGCAUGGGUCCCUGCUGAAGUUUUUGCACGCCCAUUCUGAUGUGUUUCUCCUCAGCUCCAAUCCCAGCAAGGUCUGUCUAAGGAGGGAUGUCAGCCCUCCACAGCUGCCCUUGACUGAGCAUAAACAGCCUGGCCCUGAUGCCCCUUCUCACGGCGAGGGCCUCGUGGCUUCUGGAGCAGAGCCUGCUGGGGAUCUGUGGCCGGAGGUCAGCGCUGAAGGCCCUCAUUGGUUUGACAUAAAUGAUUCUCAAGUGGAACCCAUCCGGGAAGCGGACAUUGAGAAGCAAUUCCAGGGAAAAGAGAGUGCCUACAUGUUGUUUUACCGAAAGAUGCAGCUGCAGAGGCCUCCAGAAGCUCAGUCCAACCCACAGUACAAGGUUCCAGGUCACCUGCUGAGGGAGGUGCAUGAGGCCAACAGGGAGCUGCAGAAGAGGAGGACAGACUAUGACUCAGUGGUCAACACCCUCGACCUGCAUCUCCACCUGGGCCCUUGCUAUGAGUUUUAUGAUGGCGCCCUGCACCCUUCUUCUUCCGUAACAGAAGAUUGCAUGUUGGACUUGACCAUUGAUAAACGGAAAACUGUAGGUGAUCUUCGGCAGUCGGUAUUUCAGCUCCUGGAAUUCUGGGAAGGGGAUCUGGUGCUCAGCCUUGCCAAGCUCGUGCCUGCGGGACUCCAUGUUUGCCAAGCCCUCGAAGGAGAUGGACUGACAUUGCAUGAAAUUGAAAUGACCGAUGGGGAAGACAUCUUUGUGUGGAAUGGGAUGGAGGUUGGUGGGGUCAAGAUUCCAGUCGGUGAGGACGCUCUUCCCAUCCUUUUGAAUAUCCUUCAGCUGACAAAUAGCAGUGAUGGAGAAAACGGGCAGCCAUUUGAAGAACUCCACCAUGUGUUUCCCUCAAAUGCUGAAGUUGGCUCCAUAUUCACGGCCUUAGCAUCCCCUGUUGGCAUCCUCCUGGUGAACAUUACAGGCUCUCGCAUUCUCGAGUUAGAGAACUGGACAGUCAUUCCCAGGGAGAACUUUGGAAAGACAUUCAGAGAGCAAGGCCUUCAAGACGGCAGCUGCGUGUGGAUAUUAAGCUCCAGCAGCUAUGACCAAAGCUUGAUGCUGACCGGAAGCAGAUGGGCGAGCCCUCUGAGCAACUUCAACUGGAUGCACGUUAAGAAUCUGUGUCAAGCAGAUUCCGAGGAGGAGCACGUGAAAGUUUCGGCGACUACUGAAACAAUGCUGUUGGACAUUCGAAUCAAAGCUGUCAAGGAGCUGGGGUUGCAGGAGGAACUGGUUAAUAACAGCUGCCUGAGGCUGAUCGAUCGAAAUGGGCAGCUGCUUUCUCCAGUGCCAGAACAUUACACUGUGGCCGAAGCAGAGAUGGAGAUGGGCAGUUUGCUGGGACUGUGUCGUGGCAAAGCUCCGACCUCCUCCCAGCUCUUCCUGUUUUUCAUCGUGGGCAGUGACUUCGAGUCCAGCCUGACGAUGGAGAUCAUCGUGGAGUCGACGAUCUCUGUGAGCGAAUGUUUGAAGAAGAUGCUGGAGAAAGCUGGUCUGCAAGGUGACGCGUGGCAUUUGCGCAAAAUGGAUUGGUGCUUUGAAGCUGGAGAACCUUUAAAUGAGGAAAAUGCUUCCCUGAGCGAGCUGAUGAUCAGCAGCGGGGAUACUCUGGUCUUAUCUGAAGGGAAGCUUCCACCCAAGGGUUUCCUCAAAGUGCCUGUCUGGUGGUACCAUCCAUCAGCACCCGCUGGAUGGCAGGAGAACCCUGAGGACCACAUUAGCCACAUCACCCACCAAGUGGAGGCUUUGAGAACCACCCCUGAAGGAGGCGAUCCGCACAGAGAUGUUCCAGACAUCGUCCAGCCCGAAAUGCCCUUUACUUUUGCGGGGGACGUGGAAAUCUCCGAAGAGGCUUCCGUGGCGGAUCUCAAGAGUCAGGUCAUGAGCUUGCCGUCUUUCCUGGACUUUGGUUUCCCGUCUGCUGACUUUCUCAGAGCCUGGACCAUGGAGAGUAAGCGUCCAGGCAGGCUUUUACGGAACAACCAGCAACAACUCAAGGAGUAUAAAGUAGGAGGGAGAACUCAGAUAUGCAUAGAGCCUCUUCAGGAACGAGAGACCUUGGGCCCCAAGGACAUGCUGCUACGGACCCAGAUGGGCAUCCCUGGGGAGCGGGCCUACUACCCCACCGUGGACUUUGUGUGGGACAUCCUGAAGGAGUGCACGGCUGUGUCCCUGCGGCAGGGUGUGGCUGCCCACUACUGCCUCCCUGUGGACGGCAUUGAGAUCGCCAAGUACUUUCCUGAGAAGUUUGAGUGGAUGCCCAUCUCUAGUUGGGACCUGCAGGUUUCCAAGAGGAAAAAGAAGAAGAAGCAGGAGAAUUUGCAGAUGGCGCCUUAUUACCUGAAAGAUGGAGAUAUUAUUGGUGUGAAGAACCUCUUGGUGGAUGGCAAUAGAGACUUCAGUACCCUGAGAGAUGAUGUUGGCAGAGAGAAUCAGACCAAGCUGUUUGGGGGAAAGAGGAGAAGGCGCCAAGCUGUCCAGCUGCAGAGAAGUGGAACUGAGGUAGAAACACACGUGCCUGAGAAGCCACACAGACCAGAAACGGGGCUUUCCAUCAACGUGGGCGUUUUUAGAUAGCACCGGAUUGGGGCUUUGCGAGAGGCCAGCUGUGACCCACCCACCGACUGAGUCCCGCGAUUCGGUGUUUGGUUCGA